ACGUCAUGUAAACAGUGCCUGAGUGCGCACCUCGUGUCCGCCACACGACCUCGCACGUCAAAACCUCGGCACAGGCUCUAGAAUCUGCCAUUGUCUCUCAGUACCUUGCGACAUUAUGCAGUCUGGAAUCUCAGCCUCGCAGGAGCUCAAGUCGGCACUGGGCGAGCUCAUAGUGUCGUCGACCCAGCGCGGCCUCAUCGCGCGCAUCGACAAGGAAAGCAUCGUGCCCGGCGCGAGCAUCGCGUCCAGUGCGCCGACGUUCCUCGACGACCUGGCCAACCUCGGCGCCCACGUGCAGCCCAACGAGGCGCUCUACGUGCUCUUGCGGCGCGCCGACUCGCUCGCGUCGCCGGACAAGUCGCUCGUGGCAAUCACAUACGUGCCCAACGCGGCGCCCGUGCGGCAGAAGAUGCUCUUCGCGUCGACGAGACUGACGCUGGUGCGCGAGCUGGGCGGCGAGCACUUUGCCGAGAGCGUCUUCACGACGGAGCCCUCGGAGCUGACGGCCGAGGGGUGGCAGAAGCACGUGCAGCACACGGAAUCCAGCAACCCGCUGACGGCCGAGGAGCAGUCGCUGCAGGACAUCAAGGAGGCCGAGGCGCUCGAGAGCCGCGGGACGCGCGGGCAGAGCCUGGCGCAGGGCGGCCGGCUGGCGCUCAAGGCCGACGGCGACGUGGCGGGCGCGCUGCAGAAGCUGGCGCAGGGCGGCGGCGACAACCUGGUGCAGCUGCGCAUGGACGCGCAGACGGAGACGCUGAAGCUGGUGUCGUCGUCGUCUGCGACGCCGUCGACAAUGGCAUCGUGCAUCGACGCGCGGGAGCCGACGUACAGCUUCUACCGGCACGACGACGCGGCGGCGAGCAUCGUCUUCAUCUCGACGUGUCCGAGCGGGGCGAAGAUCAAGGAGAGGAUGCUGUACGCGGCGAGUCGGGGCAACGUGGUCAGUCUUGCGCAGAGCGACGGCGGGCUCAAGGUUGCGAAGAAGCUGGAGGCGACCAAUCCGGACGAGGUGACGGCGCAGGUGAUUCUCGACGAGUUCACGGUGGACAAGGUCGAGGUCAAGCAGGGGUUCAGCAAGCCCAAGAGGCCGGGCAGGCGGUAGGCGGUGGUGGGGGAGAUGACGGUGGUGGGAGGAGACGGCGGUGGUGGGAGGAGACGGCGGUGGUGGGAGGAGACGGUGGUGGUAGUGAUGGCGGGUGGUGGUAGGAGACAGUCAAGUGGCAGUAGGAGACAGUCAAGUGGCAGUAGAAACAGGACACGAGUAGCGGUAGCGACAAGGAGUCAGCGUCGGAGAAAUCUG